AUGUCAGAAUCUUCUCAACCGUCCACAGCCAACAUUGCAGCUGCGUGCGCCAUCCUCGCUGGUGUCACUGGCUAUAUGCUCGGACAGGCAAAAUCUCUCGGCUUCUUUGGCGGAAGUCCUAUCUCACAGCCAGUAAAAUCGAAGAAGGAAAAGGCAGACGACUCGGAAGACGAAUCGAGCGACGACGAGAAGGACAGUACACCAGCCGACUUUCCAGGCCAGGAAGAAUGCAAAAUGGUCUUGGUAGUACGAACAGACCUCGGGAUGACAAAGGGCAAGAUUGGUGCGCAGUGCGGGCAUGCGACACUGGCUUGCUACAAGCACUUCCUCCGAACCUCACCAAACUCCAAUAUACUCAAGCGUUGGGAGCGACUAGGGCAAGCCAAGGUCGCGUUGCAGGUCAAGAGUGAAGAAGAGCUAGAGCUGUUGCAGGCGCAAGCACUGAGUCUUGGCCUGGUAGCACACAUUAUCCAUGACGCUGGGCGAACACAGAUUGCAAGCGGAAGUGCGACUGUACUAGGCAUUGGACCAGCGCCAAAGAGUGUCAUAGAUCAGGUCACCGGGCAUCUCAAGCUGCUGUAA